AUAACAAACGUUAUUUUCACCGUUGCAAGGGUUGCUAUUUUCUUUGUUUUCGCUAGUAGCGCUGGUAGGUGUUCUGUGCGCGAGCGAAGCGGUUGGCAGGAGGUUGCACCCGUUGCACUUGAUCCAUUUAGGAAUCAGUUGCGCGGAACUACUUCGCUGGUACAAAAUUCGCCGUCGGGGUGUUUGGACACCGACAAUGAGUGGUUUCCUGGAAAGUGGAAACGACAGGAACAAAACUAGGAUGUUCAAGGAUCGGCGCAAUUUCAUUCAACGCAAGAAGGAUGUCGACGCAAUACGCGAGGAACACCCGUCCAAAGUCCCCAUCAUCAUAGAGCGUUACCCGGGUGAAAAAUUGCUGCCCGUUCUCGACAAAACGAAGUUCUUGGUUCCCGACCACAUCACGAUGGCCGAGCUGGUGAGGAUAAUCAGGCGACGCAUGGAGCUGCAUCCGAGCCAAGCGUUCUUCCUGCUCAUCAACCAGAACCUUAUGGCGCCCGUGUCGGCCACCCUGGGAGACCUCUACAAUGAAGAGCGGGACGAGGACGGUUUCCUCUACCUGACAUACGCGUCACAAGAAGUCUUUGGCUGAAAAUUGCACAUUUAACUACUCCCUUUCCCCCCAGCCCCCACAGAGCGUUUAAUAAAUCUACUAACUUUCAUUUGCUUGCGCAAAUUUUACCAA